AUGCCAGAGUUUAUUGUAGAAAAGUGUAUAGAGCGGGUUGAUAAUCAUUUUCAGUUAGUUUUAUUAGCAAGUCAAAGGACGCAUGAUUUAAAUACGGGAGCAAGCAAUCCAGCUCAAGUAGUUAAAUCUAAAGGGCGUAAAAAUGUUGUAGUAGCCUUAUAUGAGAUAGCGGAAAAAAAAGUAUGUGUUCAUGAGCUAUUUAACUUGUUAAUAGGUAGAUGCAAGGAGUACAUGAAGGGAAAUACAGGUAACGCCUGUAAUACCAAUAAAGGUAAAUUACAAGGUAUUCAGAGUAGCGAUACAGAUGUUUAA